AUGGCUGACAAUUGUUUUUACCAAUGUGUCUGUGGCACGUUUUUUGCCACAUUUGCUGCUGCAAAUAACCACACAUGUUCUAAAAGAGAAGGUGGUACUGCCGGUUGUUCUGACUCCCAAGACGCCAUCACAGGCAACAGUGCUGUAAACCUUAUGGUUGAAAAAGGUACUAAUUGGACUGACUCUCAAACUUUACUGCUUAUUGAUUGUUACAAGGGGUAUGUUAGCCUCGUUAAUAGUGGGAAAAUGAAGAAGAAAACUAUGUGGGAUACCAUAGGCAGUAAGUUUCAAGACAUGGGAUAUGGGUUCGGUAGCGAACAAAAAUGUGGAAGAUGGAAGUCGCUGAUGAGAGCGUACAAGAACACGAAGGAUAGUAACAAAAAGUCAGGUAGCUGUAGGAAAACAUUUGAAUACGAAGAUCAAUUAGAUGAACUGUUUGCGAAGGAUCCAACUAUUCAACCUGAAUGCACUUUGUCCUCUAAUUCAACUACGGUUUCAAAAGGAUCUGCAAGCGAUGAAACUGACAAAGACGAUGAUAGUUCAUCUUCUAGUACUCCAGAAGUUCCAAAGAAGAAGGCUUCCCGUUCAAAUGCUAGUGAACUGGUUACUCUCUUUAAGACUUACCUUAAAAAAAGAAAGAGAGAAAAAAGAAAGAGAAAGACGUGA